GGGGCCUCGCCAUCUCUUCCCUGCUCUGCGACAUCCUCACCCCCCUUAACCCACGUCAUCUUCUCCGUCACCGUCGGACUGGAGCCAUGAUCGUCGGGGUUUAAAAUUGGUCAACUCUCGUCGACGGAAGCCCGCCUGCCACUUUGCGCCGUCAGCUGUCACCCUCUUUGCUCUUCUUCGUUCCUGGUGGUCUCACCCCUCCCUCUUCGUCCCACCUGUCACCAUGUCUCGGCCAGAGUUCAAUGAUUCCCCCUUGCCGAAAGACUCCCACCAGUACGAUCCGGUCAUGCAAUCGGAGCCCGAGCCGGACUCGCCCGUCGUUUCCUCCUCCCCCAUCCGCCAUCGUACCCUCCGGCAGAGAAUCUCUGCCGCCGUCGCCAAGUCUGGUUCCAAACCGUUGCUAUGCUUUCUGCCUCUAGGCCUUGUGGCGGACGCGCUACACUGGAACCCUGUCCUGGUCUCCAUCUACAACUUCCUCGCCGUCAUUCCCCUCUCCGUCAUAGUUUCUGAUUGCUCCGAUGAGCUGUCCGACUCGCUAGGCCAGCUCAUGGGGGGCUUGAUCAAUGCGACCUUUGGUAACUGUGUCGAGCUGUCGACCGGCAUCUUGGCCCUUAUUCGUGGCGAAAUAUACUUUGCGCAAUCUGUCAUGAUUGGAAGCAUUUUGUCCGAUCUCCUUCUCAUCCUUGGUUGCUGUCUCGUUGCCGCCUCAUACAACACCUUCAUCCUCCAUUUCAACAAACCUGUCACCGGCGCGCUCGCCUCAUUGAUGGUGGUCACCUCGGUUGGACUGAUUCUGCCUUCAGUCUUGUAUUCCACUUUCCCAUUCGACCUUGGGGACCAGAUCGUAGCGUUUUCACGUGGCACAUCUGCCGUUCUAUUGGCGCUCUAUGGUGGGUAUCUCUAUUUUCAGCUGGGUACCCAUAGCCACCUCUUCCUCCAAGGGGAGACCGAGAGCAACUCGUCGCGGGAGUCACAGCGCAGCAUUAACUGGCUCACGACAACCCUGAUUCUAUCUUCGUUAGCCAUAGUUGUUUGCACGAAGAACAUCAUGGACAGCAUUCCCGCAACUGCUGCAAACCUAAAUCUCUCGAAGACAUUCAUUGCGACUAUUCUCAUUCCCAUAAUUAGCAACAGCUGUGAAGGGGCAGUGGUCAUUACUGCCUGUGGUGGUGGUGGCGAUGUCAACUUCGCCAUCAGUAUGAUCGUGAGCAGUAUCCUACAGAUUGGAUUGUUUGCCAUUCCCUUCCUAGUCAUGCUGGGUUGGUUCAUAGGUACACCGAUGACGCUAUAUUUCGAAACUUUCCACACCGUGGUUCUAUUCUUCUCCGUGCUGCUGGUGAACUGCAUUCUGCAGGAUGGGAAGUACACCUAUAUUCACGGGAGUAUGUUGGUCGCUAUGUAUGCGAUUUUGACGCUUGCUUUCUACGUUCGGUAGACGACUGCCUUAACAUCAUAAUCUUAUCAUCUAAGUAGUUGGGAUUGCUGAUUUAUCUUGGAGCACGGACUUUCGGACACAUUGGCCAGCGUUAUAUAUAUACACAUAUACAUAUAUCAUGUUGAUAAUGCAUAGGACUCAAUAUCAUGUGCUUACGACCGCGACGUCCUUAAUCGUGCUCACGCUGGGACACACAUAGAAGGCGACUCCCGUGAUGAUGUAC